GGGCACGGAGGCCAUGUUCCCCCCGGAUUCCACCUGGAAUAUCUCCUUCGCCGGCUGCGGCUUCCUGGGGGUCUACCACGUCGGAGUAGCCAGCUGCCUGCAGGAACAUGCCCCCUUCCUCGUCGCCAACGCCAGGAAGGUCUACGGCGCGUCGGCUGGGGCGCUCACCGCCACCGCCCUGGUCAGCGGCGCCUGCCUGGGUGAGGCUGGCGCCAGCAUUAUUCGAGUGUCAAAAGAAGCCCGGAAGAGGUUCUUGGGCCCACUCCAUCCGUCUUUCAACUUGGUGAAGACCAUUCGGAUGUGCCUGUCCAAAACUGUGCCAGAUAAUGGGCAUGAGGUUGCAGCAGGACGUUUGGGUAUUUCCCUGACACGAGUCUCUGAUGGAGAAAAUGUGAUACUGUCGGACUUCAAUUCCAAGGAGGAGCUGAUCCAGGCCUGUAUCUGCAGCACCUUUAUUCCUGUCUACUGUGGGCUGAUACCUCCAACCUUGCGUGGAGUGAGGUAUGUUGAUGGAGGGAUUUCUGACAACUUGCCACGAUAUGAGCUGAAGAACACGAUCACGGUGUCUCCAUUCUCAGGAGAGAGUGAUAUUUGUCCACGGGACGGUUCUACAAACAUCCAUGAGCUAAGAGUCACCAAUACAAGCAUCCAGUUCAACCUUCGUAACCUCUACCGCCUCUCAAAGGCCCUGUUUCCUCCAGAGCCACACGUGCUGCGGGAUAUGUGCAAGCAGGGCUAUCGGGAUGCACUGCACUUCCUGAAGAAGAAUGGUCUCCUUCAUCCUCCAAGUCCUGCCCGUUCUCUCCUUGCCAUAGAAGCCCCUGCAGGAGAUAAGGAAGAGGAAGAAACAGAAGCUGAAGACCAACUAGAUGACAAUACUGCUCUUGCUGUUGUUGAAGAGCACAUCUUUGAACAUUUGCCUCCAAAACUGAACCAAGCUCUUCUGGAGGCUUGUGCUGAAAGAAGAAGCAUCUUGACUGAUAUCACCAACAUGCUGCCUAUACGUGUGGCCACGGCAAUGAUGGUCCCCUAUAUGCUGCCUCUGGAGUCUGCAGUUUCCUUCACUGUCAGGUUGCUGGAAUGGCUCCCAGAUAUCCCUGAGGAUAUUAGAUGGAUGAGGGAGCAGAUGACUGAAAUCUACAACUACCUUGUGAAGAAAGCCAAGAAGAAACUUGGUAGCCAUCUUUCAGCCAGGCUCUACUAUCACCUCGAGCUUGGAGAGCCCAAGAGCCUGCCAAUUUCUUCUGCAUUAGCUUCUGGUGAAGCACUGCCUAUGUGGAUAAGAAGCAACCGUUCCCUAUCUGAUGUUAUGAUGAAGUGGGAGGAGUACCAGCGCCAGCUCCUGCUGGGCUUACUCUGCAUCAACGUGGACAUGCAGGCCUCCCUCUUCCCUCGGGAAGGGUUUCAGAUAAAGCUUCCACCUCUAGACUGUGCAAGAGAGUGCCUGCCACUCUUCUGA